UGGAGAGGGCAGAGCCGUUCGGGGCAGUGGCCACCUGCAGGGAGUUGGCGAGCAAAGGCAACCGGACAGAAGGACAAAAAGAAAGCAGAGAGCAAAGUGCCACCGCAGAGUGGGGACACUGUCGAGAAGUUCCAGGGUCCCGGAGAGGAUUUUUCCUAGAGUUCGGCCAGAGAGACCCCAGCAUCCCAGGACGCAGCGCCCCGGCCCUGGGCUGGUCUUCUAGCUCACCUCUUCCCGAGCGGGAACGACAUCCGGACGCACGGCCGCCGGCUGAGCGGGUGCCCGCUAGCAGUCAACAUUGAUUUCCUCCGGGCAGAGGCCGAGGGCCCAGGUGGCGGCGGCGGCGGGCUGCAGCCGCGGCACGGCGACAGCAUGUCCAAGCCGGUGGACCACGUCAAGCGCCCCAUGAACGCCUUCAUGGUGUGGUCGCGGGCUCAGCGGCGUAAGAUGGCCCAGGAGAACCCUAAGAUGCACAACUCCGAGAUCAGCAAGCGCCUGGGCGCCGAGUGGAAGCUGCUCACCGAGUCGGAGAAGAGGCCGUUCAUCGACGAGGCGAAGCGCCUGCGAGCCAUGCACAUGAAAGAGCAUCCCGACUACAAGUACCGGCCCCGGCGCAAGCCCAAGACGCUGCUCAAGAAGGACAAGUUCGCCUUCCCGGUGCCUUACGGCUUGGGCGGCGUGGCGGACGCCGAGCAUCCGGCGCUCAAGGCGGGAGCCGGGCUGCACGCGGGCGCGGGCGGAGGCCUGGUCCCCGAGUCCCUGCUCGCCAACCCGGAGAAGGCGGCGGCCGCGGCGGCCGCCGCCGCCGCGCGCGUCUUCUUCCCGCAGUCGGCGGCCGCUGCCGCCGCAGCCGCUGCAGCCGCCGCCGCGGGCAGCCCCUACUCCCUGCUCGACCUGGGCUCCAAGAUGGCAGAGAUCUCCUCGUCGUCGUCCGGCCUGCCGUAUGCAUCGUCGCUCGGGUACCCGACCGCGGGCGCGGGUGCCUUCCACGGGGCGGCAGCGGCGGCUGCAGCGGCCGCGGCGGCCGCCGGGGGGCACACGCACUCGCACCCCAGCCCGAGCAACCCGGGCUAUAUGAUCCCUUGCAACUGCAGCGCGUGGCCCAGCCCCGGGCUGCAGCCGCCGCUAGCCUACAUCCUGCUGCCAGGCAUGGGCAAGCCUCAGCUGGACCCCUACCCCGCGGCCUACGCUGCCGCGCUAUGA